AUGGAGAAGAUUUUUAGGGCUCUAUUCUGUACGGAUGAGCAAAAAGUGGAGUUUGCCACUUAUAUGUUGGCAGACGAAGCAGAUGAGCGGCGGACCUCUACAAGGGAACUGCUACUGCUUGAGCUUAACGAGGGGGUGUCCAUCACUUGGGACCGUUUCAAACAGGCAUUUUUAGACCGAUAUUUUUCCCCAGCACUCCGUGAAGCAAAAGCUAGGCAGUUUCUUGACCUGGUGCAAGGAACCAUGAUAGUGGAACGCUAUACCGCUACGUUUGUGGCAUUAUCGCGGUUUGCAAGUUGUCUAGUUCUAGACGAGGAAAGGAAAUGUGAAAAGUUUGAGCGGGGCUUACAUCCGAGAAUUCGAAGUCACCUGAUACCCCUGAGGAUCCGUAAUUUCACCGACUUGGUCACACGAGCCACCUUGGUGGAAGAAAACAUGAGGGUGAAUACGACACUUUUCAAUCAAAGGAAACGCCAACAACCUCCACCUGAUUCCAUUAGAAACAAGAAGCCUGCCCCCAACUACCGUCCACAACCACCUCUGACUACAAAGAGUGGUCAGAGGACUACCGCACCAGCUAGAGUUUUUGCUCUUACCCCAAGGGACACUGAGACAUCUAAUGAUGUGGUCACAGGCACAUUAUCGUUGUUUUCAUGUCAUGCCUCCAUUUUAUUCGACUCUGGUGCCACUCAUUCUUUCAUUUCAAAUCAUUAUGUGCCUUUGACUGAGAAGAUACCUGAACCACUAGAACCUAGUAUGUCUGUUGCUACGCCCUCGGGAGAACAUGUUAAUUGUGAUUAUGUGCUAAUUGGAUGUCCGAUUGAGAUUCAAGGGAGAAUUCUACCUGCAGACUUGAUCAUAUUUAAUAUGUCCGGAUUCGACGUGAUUCUGGGAAUGGACUGGUUAUCCAGGAACCAUGCCUGUGUGGAUUGUUUUAAUAAGAGAGUAGUCUUUAAAUCCACAAAUGGGGAGGAGUUUAGUUUUCAGUCAGUACAAGGAGGUUCCCCUCCUCGUGUAAUCUCAGCUUUAUAG